AUGAUGGGGCGUUUUUUCUCUGGCCUCGCAACUUCUGGUGCCUGGUGUUGCUUCGACGAGUUCAACCGCAUCGACAUCGAAGUUUUGUCUGUAAUCGCUCAACAGUUGAUCACUAUCAGAAACGCAAAAGUUGCCCGACUAAACAGGUUUAUGUUCGAGGGGCGUGAAAUUAAACUGGUGCGCAGUUGUGCAGCCUUCAUAACAAUGAACCCUGGUUACGCUGGUAGAACUGAAUUACCUGAUAACCUAAAAGCUCUGUUCCGUCCUAUUGCUAUGAUGGUGCCAGAUUAUGCUUUAAUUGCUGAGGUGAUCCUUUACUCCGAGGGUUUUGAGUCCUCGAAAGGUUUAGCUAAAAAGAUGGUGCAGAUGUACAAGUUGUCUAGCGAACAGCUGUCCAAACAGGACCACUACGAUUUUGGAAUGAGAGCUGUGAAGAGUGUGUUGGUGAUGGCUGGAGCAUUAAAAAGGGCCAGUCCUGACCAGCACGAGGAGAUGACCCUUCUAUGCGCACUGAACGACAGCAAUUUGCCAAAAUUCCUCGCCGCGGAUGCAAUCUUGUUCGCUGGUAUAUUGUCAGAUCUGUUUCCUGGCGUCAGUUUGCCUGACAGAGACUACGGCGUUAUGGACCAAGCUAUCAGGGAGGUGCUAACUGAGCAUAAAUAUCAAGUUGAAGAAUGUCAAAUACGUAAAGUGAUUCAAUUGCAUGAAACCAUGAUUGUUCGAUGGGGCGUCAUGUUAGUCGGCCCAACUGGUGGAGGAAAAUCGGUCGUCUUGUCUGUUCUAGGUGACACUUACUCUAAACUUUGUACAAUGGGAGUCCCAGGUCCACAAAAUCAAAUAGUGCGCAAGUACAUUAUGAACCCGAAGAGUCUUACCAUCGGAGAGUUGUAUGGUGAAGUUAAUCUACAAACGCUUGAAUGGCACGACGGGAUCCUGCCUUUAAGUUUACGGACAGCUGUUCAAUGCGAGGAACCGGAUCAUCAAUGGUUGAUUUGUGAUGGACCCGUCGACGCGGUAUGGAUAGAAAAUAUGAACACUGUACUGGAUGACAAUAAGAUGCUGUGUCUCUCCAACUCUGAGAGAAUCAAGCUAUCGCCUUAUGUACACAUGUUGUUUGAGGUCGCGGAUCUUGCCCAAGCGUCGCCAGCGACGGUCUCUCGUUGUGGAAUGGUGUACAUAGACCCGAAUGAGAUGGGUUACAUGCCCAUGGUGCGUUCGUGGAUCGAUACAGCAGUAGAAAAAAAUCUCUUCUCUCUGGAAAACUCUGAGUUUGUUUUAGAAUUGUUCGAUUUGCUAGAAGUUGGUGUUCAACACGUGAACGCUAAAUGCCGCUUUGGAAUUAGACAGGUGGAUAUCAGCAAAGUGUCAGCUGUGUGCUUUCUGCUGGAAUCAUUGCUCUCUGAGCCUGGUGACCGGUUCCCGGAUAAAGCUGCCAUCAAAGUGUACAUAGCUCACUGCUUCAUAUUCUGCUACGUUUGGUGCAUAGGCGGGAAUAUUCUGGAAGAAAACAGAAAACUCUUGGAAGAGCUCGUCAAGAGACAGUUUGAACAAUACGCGGAGGCUGAAUACGCGCCAAUGGGCUUCAAUUUAUUCGACAUGUACAUGGAUACUCGAAUGCGGAGAUUAAAAGUAUGGGCUGAAAUCAUUCCUGACUUCUUAUAUGACUCUGCUAAGCCAUUCUUCGAAACUUUAGUACCAACCAUAGAUACUGUGCGAUACGGAUACUUAUUCGAGAAGCUUGUGAGUUGCGGGAAACCUGUCAUGUUUACAGGAAACACAGGUGUAGGUAAAACUGUAAUCGCAUUAGAGACUUUGAACAAAAUGUCGUUGGGCGGAUAUUACAUACCAUUCAUAUUGAAUUUUUCCGCUCAAACUAGCAGUGGAAGAACGCAGGCAGUGAUUGAGUCGCGUUUGGACAAAAGACCUCGGAAGGCUAUGGGAGCGCCAUUAGGAAAGAAAAUAAUCAUAUUUAUUGAUGAUGUAAAUAUGCCCCGGUUGGACAUAUAUGGAGCUCAGCCAACUAUAGAGCUCUUGAGACAAUUUUUGGAUUACGGCGGCCUAUACGACCGUGACAAGUUAUUCUGGAAGGAUAUUCUCGACGUGGUGCUUUCAUGCGCUUGCGCACCUCCUGGGGGCGGCCGCAACCCACUAACUGGACGCUUCGUCAGACAUUUUGCCAUGUUCUUUAUCUCUGCACCGAACUCCGGGGCGAUGAAGACGAUAUUCAAGGCGAUCCUUAACGGUCACAUGGAAGACUUUGUCACGGAAGUAUCAGUUCUUGGAGGGCCUAUAGUAGACGCUGCUGUAGACCUCUACUUGAAGAUUUGUAGUGAAUUACUCCCAACGCCAGCCAAAUCGCACUAUGUUUUCAAUCUCAGAGACUUGUCUAAAUGUAUGCAAGGGGUGUUGCAAGCCGACGCUGCAUACAUGCGAGCACCACAGGGCAUGCUCAGGUUAUUCUACCACGAGUGCCUUCGAGUGUUCCACGAUCGGUUAAUUAACGUCCAAGAUAAAAGUUACUUCUAUCACCUAAUGAGAUCGGUUUGCGAGAGAUACUUCCAAACCCCAAUAUUGGAGAUCCCCGAUGAUCCAAUUAUUACAUCACCACCCCUUCUACUGUUUGGCGAUUUCAUCAGCUCAGCCGUGCCUAAGGAAAAUAGAAACUAUGCUGAAAUAUCUGAUAUGCAGAAGCUUAUGGUGGUGGUAAAGGAAUAUUUAGACGAAUAUAACUCGACGGCUCGAGCAGAGAUGCACCUGGUAUUGUUCAAAGACGCUAUCGAACAUAUAGUGCGAACAGCUCGGGUGCUGAGAGCUGAGCGUGGACACUGCCUAAUGGUCGGUCCCGGGGGAUCAGGCCGGAGAAGCGUGGCCACCCUAGCAGGACACAUCAACGAAUGCAAGUGUAUGGGCAUGGAAAUUAAAAGGAAUUACGACACGCCCGAGUUUCACGACGAUCUACGGAAGAUGUAUAUGCGCGCCGGUGCCAAUUAUGAAGACACCGUGUUCCUUUUCACAGACACUCAGAUCACAAAGGAAGAAUUCCUUGAAGAUAUCAAUAAUAUGCUAAAUUCUGGUGAGGUGCCGAACUUGUUUGAAGAUGAUACGUAUGAGGCUGUUCAGACUGCUUGUCGUAAUGAUGCGGGAAAGUCUGGCAUCAACCCUGCUGACCGUGAUGCGGUCUACUACUUCUUCAUCAACCGAGUCCGCGGGAAGCUUCACCUUUGUAUUUGUAUGAGUCCUGUCGGAGAAGCCUUCAGGCGACGGUGUCGGAUGUUCCCAUCUCUGGUGAACUGCUGUACUAUUGACUGGUUCACUAAAUGGCCGCCAGAGGCGUUACUGUCAGUCGCCCAGCAAUGUUUACAGCCGCUCGGAAAUCAAGAAAUUAUCGAACUAAUUUCUAAGAUGUGUGUCACAAUGCAUCAGGACGUGGAUAUAAUGACAGAUAGAUUAUAUCAAGAAAUGAGGAGGUACUUCUACACUACGCCGAGCAGUUACUUAGACUUGCUCAAGCUGUACUUGAUGCUGCUCGAUAAGAAGCAGCAACAGAUUAUACGCGGACGGGACAGAGUAUCCUGCGGUCUACAGGUCGGCAAACGAGCAGACUCAUCUCCUGAUGGUAAGCAAUCAGCGCCGCCCAUGGACACCCGCUACAACAGAGGAGUUACGAGCGUGAUGGAGCAACAGGUGCGUGAAAUGGAACCAAUCCUCGCUAAGAAAGCAGAGGAAAGUCAUGCGCUGGUUGCCAGGCUCAAAGUAGAACAGAAAGCCGCUGACCAAGUGAAAUUUGCCGUGAUGAAGGACGAGGCGGCAGCGAAGAUAAAAGCUGAAGAAGUGAAACAAAUAGCAGAUGAAGCGAAAGCUGACUUGGCCCUCGCUAUGCCUGCCAUGGAUGCUGCUCAAGCUGCACUGAAGGCACUCAAUAAAGCUGACAUCAAUGAACUUAAAGCCUUCCAGAAACCGCCCGUACUUGUACGAUUUGUCAUGGAACCUGUAUGCAUACUACUUGGAGCAAAGCCUGACUGGGAUUCCACGAAAAAGUUGUUGGCCGAUGUCAAUUUCAUCGGCAAACUUGAAGAUUAUGACAAGGAUCAUAUUCCAGACGCUACUCUUAAGAAACUAAAAGUAUACCUCACUCAUAAGGAUUUCAAUCCAGACACUGUCGUCAAAGUAUCUAAGGUAUGCCGUUCCAUGGUGCUAUGGGUGCAAGCCAUCGACAUGUACGCCAAAGUAUUCAAAGUCGUGGAGCCAAAAAUACUCAAGCAUAAAGAAGCAGCCAGUGUCCUGAAGAAUGUAAUGGCUGUACUCAGGGCUAAACAGAAAGAAGUAGAGGCUAUCGAAGCUCAACUCGCUAAAAUGAUUGAUUCACUGAGGAUUGUUGAAGAAGAGCGCGCGAAAUUGCAAGUCGAUGUUGACUUGGCAGCCGCACGUUUAUCCCGUGCCGGUAGACUAACUCAAGCGUUGGCGGACGAACAAACACGCUGGGAAGACAGUGUUAAGGCAGCGUCUGAAGCAUUGCAUUGUACGACCGGGGACAUUAUUAUAGCUUCGGGUUGCAUCGCGUAUUUCGGCGCCUUCCCCGCUAACUACAGGCGUGAAUUAGUGGUUAAAUGGAUUGAUCAGUGCAAGGAAUUGAAGAUACCGGCUUCUGCGACGUUCGAAAAGCGACACUCCCGACAGUGCGGUGCGUUGCACUCCGUGCGUCUCUUAGAGCCAAUAAACUACCACAAACGGGACCCUAUAGAGAUGAUGUUUAGCCGAGGUUGCGGAGUAAGCGCCAUGAGGCACCGCGGCCUAGGCCGGGAGCAGGAAAAGGAAAGGGGCCUGAUCGCCGUGAUGGCUGACUCAUACACAGUCAGGACAUGGAAUUCGCAAGGAUUGCCGCGCGAUGCGAUAUCUACAGAGAAUGGUAUUUUGGUGACAAGAGCCGGACGGUGGCCUCUCACAAUCGAUCCGCAGGAACAGGUCGGCAAACGAGUAGGCAGAUUACCUGAUGAUAAGCAAUUAGCGCCACCCAUGGGCACUCGCAACAAUAGAGGAGUUACGAAUGCAUUGCCCACCUUUUGGGGAUUAGGGAUUUGGAAAUUUAGGGAUUGGGGGAGGGGAAGGAUUAGGCCUCCGGCUAACCGAUGGAUACGAAACAUGGAGAAAGACAACGGGCUGAUGAUAACAAAACUGAUCGAUACGAACUACGUACGAGUCCUCGAGAACUGCAUUCGUCUGGGUUGGCCAAUGCUUAUUGAGGAUCUCGGGGAGUCGCUUGAUGCUACCUUAGCACCUGUACUGCUGAAGCAAACUUUCUUACAGGCUGGCAGGCUGCUUAUUCAUUUGGGUGACAGUGACAUAGAAUAUGAUACGAAUUUCCGUCUGUACCUCACCACGAAGCUGGCCAACCCACACUACUUGCCGGAAAUUUGUAUUCAAGUGACCCUCGUCAACUUUACAGUCACGUUGUCCGGUCUAGAAGAUCAAUUACUGGCUGAUGUAGUGAGACUAGAGCGUCCAGACCUUGAAAUUUCAAGAUCGGAACUAAUUGUGCGUAUCAAUGCUGAUAAGGCAACGCUCCUUGAGAUUGAAGACAAGAUCCUGCGAUUGCUUUACGCUUCUACUGGAAAUAUUCUGGAUGACGAAGAACUGAUUGAAACACUUAACGAGAGUAAAAUAUUUAAUCAAGUCAUAGAAAAGGCCGAAAAAUGUAACGUUCUAGAAACCCGGCUACAAAUUCUCCGUGACGAUAUAACCCUGUCUGUGUACAGAAAUGUCUCCAGAGGUCUUUUUGAACGACACAAACUGGUUUUCAGUUUCCUCCUAAACGUAGCUGUAUAUUUGAAUGCAGAGAUUAUCACACCAGAACAGUGGCAAUUUAUCUUACGUGGCGCAGCUGGCACAGUUGUGGUACCACCCAAAAAGCCACCAAUCGAAGCAAUGACUGAACUCAUGUGGUUAGCCAUCAACCACUUAAAUGAAACUGAUCCUCGAUUUGCAGGAAUUGUUAAUGAUUGUCUACGAAAAAUUACUAUUUCAAUCGGAAAUUUCACCACGGACAUUCAUGUUGACAAGACUAAUGAUGUACCACCAAAAGAAAACUGGGACACUAGGCUGACAUCAUUUGAGAAACUUAUGUUAAUGAAGUGUCUUAAAGAAGAAAAGCUGGUUUACGCGAUUAGCGAAUAUGUAGCUUCCAGCCUGGGAUCCGUGUUCAUAGAAAGUCCUACGGUUCAACUAAACACCCUGUGCGUAUGA